CGCUCUUUACCUGGGUCAACCUUACGUUUCUCUUUACGGCGGCAUUAUAUAUGAGUCUUUGAAAGAGGAGGUUACGUUAUACUCUGGAGGAGGGAACUACCAUGGCAUCUAUUUUCACAUAUCAGGACGAACCGCCUCGAAUCCAUUCACCUUGGUCAACCCCAGGUACAGCAACUCCGCAACCCUUGCAGAACGUGGGCACUCCAGUGCAAGAAAGGCUUCAAGAUACACAGGGACUCAAGAAACUGGAACCUGAACGACAGGAUGGCCCCACAGAGUACAAAUUGCAUCUGCUCCUACGCCCAAGGCGGAAAUUCGUUUCCAGCUCGACGGCAUCUUCGUCUUCGGGGCUCUACUACUUUAACUCCCAGCCCGCCGCUCCCACGUCUCGGUCUCUCGAAGUUCCGGCAGUUGAUCGUCCCUCGGGUCAACCAUCUGGCCAAGCUCGUCAAAUGAGGCUCCAGCAGCUAACAACCCAACUACUGUGGCGGUUGCAACAGUCGUCGCCCUUUCAUUCCUCGUCAAAUGCGGAAUUGGUCCUGCCAGUGCUUCCUGAAGCAACACCAAGACAGGGUGUCCCGGAUCGUCCUGCGAAGCUUCUACCAGGCCUGGAAGAAAGCCAAGGUGCACUCUAUGAGAUCGGUGUUGCGGACGAUGGUACAUUGGUUGGCUUGGUGGAAGAAGAACUUCAAGAGAGCUUGAACAAUCUGAGAGCCAUGGCUGCCAGUCUGGGCUGCACCACCAAUAUGCUGCGAAAGGUUGCGGUUGGGAAUUGCGAAUGGGUAAACGCUGACAGUGACUCUGGCCAGGGACAACUGGAGAAAGAUACUCUCUGGGUUGCAGAAGUAUUGGUGUACCCCGACUCGCGUGGGUCUGUGGACGAGGAUGUUCCGAAGCAGAUUCUUGAUCCCCCUUAUGGCAUCACCGAGGCGCAGGAGGACAGCCUUACCGAACAAGCUUCAAAUGAGCAACUCCGAUUCACCUUGGUAGGAGCUACUUCUGCUGGCAAGUCUUCGCUAUUGGGUACUCUUUCCACGUCCACCCUAGACAAUGGCCGAGGAAAGAGUCGACUUUCAUUGCUCAAACAUCGACAUGAAAUUGCUUCGGGCAUCACGAGCUCCGUAGCACAGGAACUUGUUGGGUAUCGAGCCAAUCGAGAGCUCUCAGCUCCUGUCAUCAACUAUGCGUCGGGAAAUGUCUCAUCAUGGGUAGAUAUCCAUAAUUUGGCAGACCGCCUUGUCUUUCUUUCCGAUUCACCUGGAUUGCCUCGGUUCGCCAAAUCAUGCUUUAGAAGCUUGAUUUCCUGGAGACCAUCAUGGACCAUACUCUGCGUGGCAGCUGAUGAUAAUAUGGAGGACAUAGGCAGAACACCCACAUUGACAAGCGGCACCUCUGUGGUUGGUUUCACAUCCGAGGCAACAAGUCUUUCACUUAGUCACCUUGAUUUAUGUCUCCGGCUCGAGCUGCCCCUGAUGAUAGUCAUUACCAAGCUGGAUCUUGCUAACAAGACUGGUUUGCGACUAGUACUGGGAAAGCUGCUGACUGCUUUGAAGGCUGCACACCGGUCGCCCGUCAUGUUGAGCAACACGCCUGGGCCAUCAACGACGUCGGAGGCAGGCGGAUCCGUGGCCGAACUUCAGUCCAUUAUGGCGAAAGACCAAGUCGAGAUUGAUCGACUCAUUUCGUCCAUACAAGACGGCGAAUCCUCUAAACGUAUACCUAUACUCAUGACGAGCGCCGUUACCGGACAAGGUAUAAGCAAGCUUCACGCGUUGCUUCGCUCUCUACCUGAUUCAAGUUCCAGGCAAACUACGCCAUCACCUUCACAUGGAUCCCCCACACCUUCAGCAAUCUUUCAUGUGGAUGAAGUCUUCAGCAUCCCACCAUCGCGAGUCUACAGUUCGGAAGCUGAGACCCGCCCUGACAAACAAGGUAUAGUGCUUUGUGGGUAUAUUUCCCGGGGCACACUCUCGAUUGGCGAUGUCCUGUUCCUCGGACCGUUCGCGCAAGACCUAGACCUGCCUUCAUCCCACAGAUCUCAGCCUAUGCUGCGGUCAAAGUCCUAUUGUGCAGGACAGUCUCCCUCUGAGAAGACUGCUGGCAUAGUGGCACGGUCGUAUCAAGGGGAGAGCUUGAGAGCAGCUGCAUUCAAGGCGCAGACGAUACCAAUUUUCCUGCAUAUAAGGGUCGUCUCCCUGCGUAAUCUACGCCUUCCAGUGACUCAUCUGCGACAAGGCGAGACCGGCACGAUCGGAGUUGAGCUGAUCCGGGUCGGCAUGGGAAAUGAACCAUUCGGAUUGGAAAGAGCACGAAAAGGGAUGGUAUUGAUGCAGUCCAAGGGUGCCCCGACCGGCUAUCACUCGUUUUCAGCAACCUUCCCAGCCUCUGACUUUGGUCAAGCUAACUCGCCACCCCUGAUCCUGGGCGGUCAUGCCAUUCUCUACGUGAACAGUCUCCGAGCUGCUAUCAAGGUGACUGCAGUGGCCUUGGAUGACGAGGCACAAGGAAAGGAAAGAUCCUCCUCGCUGGAUGCGGAGAUAUUUUCGUUUGACAGCGACGGUGAGACUGGUAAUGUCGGGGAGUCUGACUCAGAUGCCAAGUCAGCAAAGGAGAUUACAAUCAAAUUUCGAUUUGUCAGUUCAGUUGAAUGGAUUAGUAUAGGCGAUCAGGUUCUGGUUGUACCGACUGUCACAGCUCCUGGUCCGGUGACAGGACCUGCAGUGUCUAAUACGUCCGUACUGGCUGGCUUUGUUGGAAGAGUGAGCGACUUAGUCGAUUGAAAGAUGUCAUCUGUAGAGACAUCCGACCUCCAAAUAGGUUGACCAUGGAC